GGUCUGGGUGUCACCCCCUUCCCCUCUCUGGCCCCGCCCAUCACGCUGCAGGUGAAUGGAGAGCAGCGGACUCUGGUGAUCUGCCUGGUCUUGGAUGCUGCACCCGCUGGCCUUGACAGUGCCGUCUGGUUCUCAGCUGGCAAUGGCAGUGUGCUGGACGCCUUUACCUAUGGCCCCUCCCCGGCUGCAGAUGGCACCUGGAGCAGCCUGGCCCAGCUCUCCGUGUCCUCUGAGAAGCUGGCAGCCUGGGAGCCCUUGGUCUGCCACACCAGGCCUGCGCCUGGGGGCCAGAGCCUGCGAACACAGCCCCUGAAGCUGUCAG